CUCUCUCUUUCUCAAAAAAUGCAUGCUUCUUCGUCUUCCUCCUCUUCAACUCAGCUCUUUCAACAAUUUCAUGCACACUUCUACUCAAGAAGAUUGCUUCUAAACAAUCCUCUAAACCACUUACCACCAAGAGCAACUCCUCCAUCAAGUGGAAAUAACCACACCAUAUCAGAUCCUUCUACUAAAGACAACAGUUUUGAUGCCAACGUUGUAAUGGUGCUCUCUGUUCUCUUAUGUGCCUUGAUUUGCUCACUGGGGUUGAAUUCUAUCAUCAGGUGUGCAUUAAGGUGUUCGGGUUCGCUAUCGAGCCAUCCCGGUGAAAGGUCCACGGGCCGUUUAGCCAACUCUGGGAUCAAGAAAAAGGCCCUGAAAACUUUUAAAGUGAUAAGCUAUCCAGGAGAGAUGAAGCUUCCGAGCUUGGACACUAUGUGUGUGAUAUGUUUAUCGGAAUUUUCUUCAGGUGACCAUGUUCGAAUCCUGCCCAAGUGCAACCAUGGCUUUCACGUCCGGUGCAUCGAUAGAUGGCUCAACACACACUCCUCGUGCCCUACUUGCAGGCACUGUCUGCUGGAGACAUGCCAAAAGAUUGUGGGAUGUAGCCAGGCUAGUACGUCAGAGCCACCACCGCCGCCGCCACCGCUGGAAAGCUUGAUAAGGAUUGCCCCACUAGAGCCUGAAGCUGCAUAA